GACAAUAAUGGAGAUGAAGAAAGAUCUUAGAGUGGAGAAGAAGGAGGUGGAGGAAGAGAACAUGUGUACGGCGUUGUUGACUGCAUUUGCUGUUCUCUCAAUGGCUUGUCUAAAACAUUUCUCCUCUGUAUCGUAUUUGAUCGAACAAUGGCGUUCUUUGGUCUUCCUUCUACUCAACGUCGUCGUCUUAGCCGUUUACUUCACCUCGACUCGUCCUACUUCGGGCGAGACUCGCAAUUUCAAGACUCGUCGGGGAAGUAGAAUGAGGAUGGUGCGAGGGAAGAAGAGUAAGAAGACUACAAAGACAAGAAUGGUAGAUGAACCAGCUUGUUCCGAACAAAUUUUCCUUGCCGUAGAGCCAAAGGAGGUAAUCAAGAACUGCGUCGUGGAGGAGACGAAAAGGGUUUGUCCUGAAUUCGAUGUAACUGUGAAAGAUUGCUUGUUGUACAAGAAAUCCGUAGACUUCAAUGGAGAAGAAGAUGAAUUUGAGCCAGGGAGGUUAUCGAACGAGGAGCUAAAUGAGAGAGUAGAGGCAUUCAUAACAACGUUCAGACAACAUUUGGUUCUUGAUGCGCGAAGAGGUAGAGACAGAGAGACUGACCAGAAGAUGAUAUCAAAAGACGCUAACAUUAGCUUUUUAGGUCGGGAAGUCACUUGCUCUGUUUAA